GCGACUUCGGUGCUACAGUUCUGCGACUCGCUUUCCAAAACAUAUUUUCUUCUCAGCGUAGCCCUAACAAAUUGAUAAGUGGCACACACCAGCCAUGGCAGGGCCUAAUCUAGAAGUCUUCAAGUUUGGACUGUACCUCUUUGUCCCCAUCGUUGCGCUACUACAUUUCGGUGAUCCCAAAUGGUAUCACAAUCAUGUCCUUCCAUAUAAGGAUCAUCUCUUUCCGCCUAUGGAGCGAACAAAUGCCCGCAUCCCUACGGACCAGAUUGCAGUACGAGAGGAGCUUGCACGAAUAAAAGCGGAAAAGCUUGCGCGUCGUGUGGAACGUGAGAGACUGCAGAGUAUUCAGGAUCAAGAUGCCGCUCCCCAGGCCCAGGGACAGAGUACAGGUUGGUUCAAAUCGUGGUGGUGAAUUGUUAGUUAAAUGUAUUAAUCGCAGUAUCUACCAAGUUAUUUUUUUUACUCACCAUGCACUCGCUCGAUAUCGUGCAAUCAUACACUAUUCACUCAUU